AUGCCUCCAACUGGCGUCGUUGCCAAGCAUGUGCUUCCGACGUAUUAUGCGGCUGUCGUCUCCUUGCGCACGUACGUAGAGCGUGUGUGUGCGGCAUCAAUACCGUCACCUGAUUUGUCUCGGAACCUCAUUUUGGAUGGUCUCGUGGCGCUGCCAUGCUCUUUGGACGAACAUAUUCACCAGGGUGAAACUGAUACGUAUGGCCUAGAGGCGAACGAUUACAUGCCACUGGAGUCCGUCGUAGGACACGUUCAACGCACCUUGCACAUACGUCGCCGACAUGACAUGCUUCUUCUUGGCUUUCAUGUGACGCCUCAUCGCAUGGUAGCGACACAUACCAACUCGAUCGUGCAUGCCUUGUUAACGGACGACGUAUGGAAUUCUCUGCUGUUUUUGAUGGGAACGCAUGCCUUUGUACAUAUGCUGUGUGGAACCACCUACUAUUAUCCUAUGGCGCCACAUCGUGACUGCUACUCCCAAAUGUGGGGCAUGCCGCUCACCGAUCAGAGACCCCUAACACGCGGUCCUCCCAGUGUCUCGGAGCGCCGUGUGUCCGCCGCGCAUCUCUUUUUCCGUCGCUCUCGUCUUUUCUAUGCUCGCCCGGUCCAGGUGUACCGCUACGGCAUUGUUUUGGGGUUGCCACCGACGCACUCGUUUCACAUGCAUGGACACACCCACACCGAUCGACGUGCGCAUACGGCCCGAAUCAUGCGCGACAUGCAGCCACAUGCAUUUGAUUUGCCCCAUGCAUGGCACCGCCUCCCGUCGAAGAACGAGAACCACGACCUGCCCCGACGCCGCUGGCCCAAAGGUCUGACGACCCUGGCUCAUCUCGUGUCGCGCAUGCUACAAAAACACCGGCGGUGCAGGUACGACGUCAUCUUAGAGGCGUGCUGUCCUCGGCAACAUUUGGUGCCUACGAUGUCUGUACCCUCAUGUUCGCCACCCGAGGUGCUUUCGCAGCAAACGACCUCUGCACGCCCAUCGCCCUUAGAGCCUGGCUCAUCAUCACCGCCGCUGCUGAGCUACGCAACACCACCCAGCCGUGUCACUUGGUAUGUAUGCGUCGUGCUUCGUACCAUUCUGCCCCGCGACAUGGUGGGCAGUCCUCAUAAUUGGGCGGUGGUACGUCGCACUAUUCGCCGCUUUGUGCAUGCGCGUCGCUCGGAAAAAAUCAGUGUGCAUGAAGCCCUUCAAGGUUUCCGCAAAAAUGAAUGUGCGUGGCUGCAAGAGUACCGCGAUCCGGUGCAGACACAUACACGACUCUGCGCGUGGAUGUGGUGGCUAUUGGACGACGUUGUUUUGCCCUUACUGCGCACCUGCUUUUACGUAACCGACUCGGCUGUGUUCCGGCGACGCGUGUUGUAUUUUCGACAAGACGUAUGGGCGCAGCAAACCAGACCGCAUGUGCAUGCACUAUGUAUGCACUUGUUUUCGCGCGUGCAGACUCCCAUGGAUGCUCCUAUACCCUACGCCACUAUGCGCCUCGUGCCCAAAGAAGCGAGCGUGCGCCCCAUUGUCAAUUUGGCGCGCCGGCCUAUGGGCUUUGGGCGAUCGAUCAACGCGCAGCUCCAGGGUGCCUUGGAUGUCCUGAGCUACGAGGCAGCACAGCAGUCCCCCCGCAUCUUCGGCGCGGCUAUGCCUAGUAUUCAUGCGGUGUACGCGCGCCUCAAGGCGUACAAGCAGCGUUUCCAGGGCAGGUGGCCGCGGCUUUACAUGGUGCGGGCAGACAUUCGAGCGGCCUUUGACUCGCUCGAUCACACGCGCCUCUUGCACCUGGUGCGUGCGUUAGUGCCACGGCAUGCGACCUAUGUGCUGCAACGGCAUGCACAGAUCCGGCCGGGCAUUGGUAUGAUUCGACGCACCCAGGUACGGCGUGCAUGGCCCGCACCUCAUCCGCCCUCGUUUCUUGAGCAACACGCGGCGCAGUCAGCGCCUCCGCCUCGGCAUGCGGUACUCGUUGACGGUGUCACAUACACGACGAUCAAGGCUGAAGAUGUGUUGGCGCGCGUCGAGGCACAUAUCCAGUGCACCCUCGUACGCAUCGGUAAUGCAUUGCAUCGCCAAACGACUGGCAUCCCACAAGGCUCGAUCCUAUCGACGCUCUUGUGCAAUCUCGUCCUUGCUGACGCCGAGCGGACCUACCUAAGCAUCGACGAGGACGAGGACUGUUUGCUGCGGUUCACCGAUGAUUUUUUGUUUGUGUCACCAUCAUAUCAGCGCGCCUACGAUGUGUGCCAGGCGCUACACAGGGGCUUUCCCCAGCAUGGAUGCCGCAUUGCUCCCGAAAAAAGCCUCGUAAAUUUCGACGCGUGUCUCCCCACGGGCCACGUCGUCCGUCGCCUCGCUCCCCACACCCCAUUUCCCUGGUGUGGCAUCUGCAUCGACCCCACGACGCUGGCUAUUCAGCCUGAUACCCAACGAUACCCCCGGCAUAUGGGAGAUACGCUCACUGUGCGUGCCGCUGGCCUUACAUCGAUGCUUGUUCAUGCAAUGCAUCCGCGUGCCGCCGCUGUGUACACAGACACGCAUCUAAAUACCCCCUAUGGCGUCUACACCAAUCUGCUAGAGGGCUUUGUGUUCGCUGCGGCCAAGCUUCGGGUAUUUAUGCGGCACAUGCCCUUUGCCUAUGCGCCGCCUGUCAUGCGUGCCAUCGUGCAUGCCGUGCGACUGACAUGGAACAUGAUCCGUGCAGCCAUUCGUGAAGCUCGUGUUACGCUGCAUCCCCACGCCCAGUGUCACAUCCAGCGCGCCUGUGUCGAGUGGAUCGGCUACUUUGCCUUUGCGCACGUGCUACAGCCCUGGCCCGUACAUGCGCCACUUGUCGCUACCCUCAUGCCCUUUGUGCAUGCGCAGCGGUACGCACGCUCGCGCCGCAAGAUCGGCCCCCUUGUCCUGCGCGCCUGGACCGCCCACCGCGAGCGGAUCCGUCGCCUUACCUAG